AUGUCGUCAUCGGAAGGUGCCCCGGAGUCGUGGAUCUCCUCCUUUUGCUCCCUAAUGGGCCAUGAGUUCUUUGCCGAGGUGUCGGAGGAUUUCAUCGAAGAUGACUUCAAUUUGACGGGACUGCAGUCACAGGUGCCCAUGUACAAGGAGGCGUUGGAGAUGAUCCUGGAUGUAGAACCAGAGGAGGAUGAGGAUGAAGAGGAGGAGGAGGAAGAAGAGGAAGACGAGGAUGAAAUAUUAGGUGAUGAGAAGCCCCCUGGGUACCGGCGAGCGGGUGACCGAAGGCAUACGCGAGUGGCUAGUGAUUUGAGUGUAAUAGAGAGCUCUGCUGAGCUGCUCUACGGUCUAAUUCAUCAGAGAUAUAUUACUUCUCGGCCGGGCAUACAGCAGAUGCUGGAGAAGUACGAGAUGCAGCAUUUUGGCGUCUGCCCCCGCGUCUACUGCAAUGGAUGCAAGGUCCUGCCGGUUGGUCGGUCUGAUACUCCAGGUCAAGAGACGGUGAAGCUCUUUUGUCCGAGCUGCCAGGAUCUGUAUACACCCCCAAACAGUCGAUUCCACUCUGUUGACGGUGCCUUCUUUGGAACUACUUUUGGAUGCUUGUUUUUCAUGACAUUCCCGGAUUUGGACAUUGGUCCUCGGCUCGACAGCUCUCUUGUAUCGCCGGCACGGUCAUCCUCAGUAAACAACCAGGUCUCGCCCGAUGUUCCCCCAGCUCAUCAACCGGUGGAGAUUAACGGAGUGCGGACGGCCAAUUUCUGCCCCGGACUUGGACCGGGCAAGAUCUACGAAUCACGGAUUUAUGGAUUCCGAGUUUCGGAGCGGUCUCGGACUGGACCACGUAUGAAAUGGCUGCGGAUGAAGCCCACGGAUGUUGAGGAACUCAAUGAGAUGGCUCGGUAUGAGGCAGCUCGUAGGGAAGCCGACAACGACGGCGAUACAGAAAUGGGCGCCGCUCCUGCAGGAGGAGCGGAGAACCCAGCGAUAGCAAAGAGGAAAAAGGCACCCAUGCGGAGACGGCGGUACAACCCUGACCAAAUGAGCAUUAACGGCGCCGAGGCGGGAUAA